AAAAUCGAGCUUACCUAGGGCAGGGGCAAUGGCGGAGGAAGGAGGAGGAGGAGGUGAUGUCGAUGGCGAAGACAUUCCUCGCGAUGCGCGAGUUGUGCGAUCGAUAAUGCGAUCGAUGGGUGUGGCCGAGUAUGAGCCCCGGGUCGUGAAUCAGUUCCUGGAUAUGUGGUAUCGAUAUGUGGCCGAGGUCUUGGGGGACGCGCAGGCCUACUCGGAGCACGCUGGGAAACCGGCGAUCGAUUGCGAGGAUGUGAAGCUCGCCGUGCAAUCCCGCGUCAAUCACUCGUUCUCUCAGCCACCGCCGAGAGAGACACUCUUGGAGCUAGCAAAAGUGCGCAACAGCAUACCAUUGCCAAAGGUGAUCGGAGGCCCGGGCUUGGCGUUGCCUCCAGAUCAAGAUACACUCACGGCAGUGAACUACCAGCUGAUUGUACCCACUAGAACACUGCUCAAUACCGAGGACAUGGACUACGAACAGGACGAAGACAAGACGGAUAUGGAGCCUGCUGCCGAUCUCCAUCUUCCAAAGCCGGACAGAAAAGUCUCCUUUGCGAUCAGGAGAUAGACUAGAUGCUCGCCUCUUCGGAGUUUUUCGCUCAGCGCGGCUCACUUUAUUCCGGCAAGACCAUUCCUUGUACUGUCAAUUGAUGGUACUCUAUGGCCUCGUGAAGAAACUGGUUCUCCCGUUUGUAUGUAGCGUUUUCUUGUACAAGCCGAGCUUUUUCGGCCAGGAGGGUCUCCAGCUGCCUUCUCACCUGUAACGAGAAAAAUAUUCAAGGUUCGAGUUUCUCAGAAUUUCUUUUGCC